GGGGGGGGGGCGGGGGCGGCGGCGCGGCCGGGCCGGGCUUUGAGCGGGGAAGUUUUGCAGGGGGCUGCAUUCGCAGCAGCGCCGUGUUUGCAAAUAUUGAGCCCGCUCCUGCGCCAGGGUCCUCCGCCGGCCGCCUCGGGAAAGCCGUCCUUUGCCUUUGCCGUGCGAUUAAACUUUGCAUGAAACUUCGGUCUUUUUUCCUCCCUAAACUCCUCAAGGAAUUAAUAUAUAUAUAUAUCUCCAUAUAUAUAAAAUAAUUUUUAUUUUUUUAUUUUUUGUUAUUUUUUUUUCUUCUUCUCUGGAAGGAAGAGGGGGGGGGCUUGGAAACUGAGAGCUGAGGUUUUUGACACCCCCCCGGCACACCCCCGUCGCACAUAAAGGAGGCAUCUCUCGUGGUGUUUUUGGUAACCAGCAGUGACUUUUGUUGUUGCAACUUGAGCCAUGGAUGUGCUCCCCAUGUGCAGCAUCUUCCAGGAACUCCAGAUUGUGCACGACACGGGGUACUUCUCAGCCUUGCCGUCCCUGGAGGAAUAUUGGCAACAGACGUGUUUGGAGCUGGAACGGUAUCUUCAAAGCGAACCCUGUUACGUAUCUGCAUCUGAAAUCAAAUUUGAUAGCCAAGAGGAUCUCUGGACCAAAAUUAUUCUGGCACGUGAGAAAAAGGAGGAAUCUGAACUGAAGAGCACGUGUGUCCCAAAAGAGGACAGCCCUACUAGUCAGAACUUAGAGACCAACAGUUUGAAUUCUGACGUGAGCAGUGAAUCUUCGGACAGCUCUGAGGAGCUCUCGCCCACGACCAAGUUUACCUCUGACCCUAUAAGCGAUGUUUUAGCCAGUUCAGGAAACUUGAGCUCAUCUGUCACUUCCACUCCCCCUUCGUCUCCUGAGCUGAGCAAGGAGUCUUCUUCCCAGCUAUGGAAUUGUACGCCGGGUGAGUUGCAUUCACCGGGGAAAAUUCGUACCGGUACCGCUGGAAAGACUGCAGAAAAAGGUACACCCGCCAAUGGUGACACCUCGCCAGAUGGCAGAAGGCGUGUUCACAGGUGUCACUUUAAUGGUUGCAGGAAAGUUUACACCAAAAGUUCACAUCUGAAAGCACAUCAGCGUACUCAUACAGGGGAAAAGCCUUACAGAUGUUCAUGGGAAGGGUGUGAGUGGCGUUUCGCAAGAAGUGAUGAAUUAACCAGACACUUCAGAAAGCACACUGGUGCCAAGCCUUUUAAAUGUAGUCACUGUGACAGGUGUUUUUCCAGGUCCGACCACCUGGCCCUUCACAUGAAGAGACACCUCUGAGUGGGUCACGAGGUGAAUCCUGUGGGCUAAGAGGCGUCAAGGUUGAAGAGCCUUGAGCAGAGGGAUGCGUGUUCCAGCCAAAGCAUGCCAUUUUGCACCCUACCCAGUUGCCUCCAGGACCUCUCUUCCUUGAAGGUCUUUUGAGGGCUAAUAAGUCAUGUAAGAAACGGCAUAGCAACCGUGGUGCGUGAUGUUUGGGGUUUCCUGGACUCAUACACUGGUAUCUAACCUUCUGAGUGGCUCCUAAGCCUUUUGCCGUGAGCAUGUGCACUGAGAAUGUCAAUGAUUGGGCGACUGUGUGCUAUGAGGAUCUAUUGACGACUGUAUGCUGAGGCACAUUUUUUUUCUUGUGGUUGUUUUAUAACUGUAAGAGAAAAAGAAUAGUCUGAAUGUCUUGUAUGUGAGGAAUAUCUUGUGAGACGGGACGACCACCAAUCAUUUCCAAGGGGUGGGGGGAGGGGUGUCUGCACCUUUUUCGAGGGAAAACAGAGAGGGGAAGGGGGGAAUAAAAAGAGUCAGGAUGCCAGAAUGGAGAUGGGGACCUCCCCGUUCCUGUGUGAGAGGAGCUUUAGGUGUCUGGUGCAGCUAUUAAACGUGCAAUGUGUCAAGUAGCUUGUUUUACUUGCUACAGAGCUCAUUUGUAAUCCAUUGUAUAAGCUGUGUAUUUACAAAUGUAACACAACUAUAACUUUUCAUUAUAAUACAAAGGUUAUUGCAUGGUUCUGGGGAACUAUAUGCUUUUCCAUUCUUUAAUCAGGACUGCAGUUUUGAUUCCAGUUAAGAGCAGCUAAAAUACAAUUGGUCUAAUGUUACAUAAUGUAUGGAACAUGAAUAAUUUUUUCUGUUGGGUGGAUAAAACCACUAUUGGUUAGAAACUGAUUUUUCUCAUGCAGCUAAUUUUUCUCUUAUUUAUGCCUUGAGGACUAACUUCUGGUUUUCUAGCUGUUAAUGCACUGUUGACCUUAAUAAUGGUGCCUUAUGCAAGUGACCUUCUCUUGUAGGGGGUCUUAUACAGGGGUAUGGGUGAUGCAUGCUUUAUUAAGGCUCUCUUUUCACCUGGCAUUGUACUGUAUCAAAUGUAUAAUAUGAGGGGAAAAAAAGGUUACUUCCAGGGUCCUCCUUUACAAAGACAAAUAUAGAGAAAAGUCAUUCAUGUCAGUACAGUAUUUGUUUAACUUAGACAAUUUGACUGUGUUACAGUAUAAUGCAUAUGCCAAUUGAAUACCUGACCAGUUCUGCCACCUUGAGACUUUUUUUUAUAUUGACCUUGCACAACAACUGUGUAUAUACACACCCCAACUGUACUUAAUAUGUCAAGUUUUCAUACAUAUUAAAGAUACAGAAGUAUUAAAAGAUGUAUUUGCUUAAAAGGCACAAGUUUCACAUCUAUAUAUCUAGCUAUCUGUUGGUCAUACAGAAAGAAACUAUAUUACUUUUUUUUUUAAAAGUGGGCAGAAAAAUAAUUGUGUAUGUAUAUUUGUGUGUACAGUCUGUGUAUGUGUGUAUAUAUAUAGAUAAUAUAUAAAUAUUUUUUUUAAAAGGAAAAAAAAUUAGAACACAUAGCUAGAAAAUGCCACAGCCCGUCAAAAUAUCCCCUCCCCCCCAAUAUGGUCAUUAAGGAGACAAAGAAAUGAAAGAUACAGUUAUUAAAAUCUAGCAUUUUUAGAGGCUUUACCUUUAGCUUAAUGCUAUGCUAAAGGCUUUGUUGGCAUUCAGUUCUUCUCAGACUGCUGACUGUGUUUUGUAGUUAUUAGGUUGUCUGGAAUAGCGUAUCUGUGGCCAUUUAAGAAUGAUAUGAACUGAGUAUUGGCAUGCUAAAAGAAUAUUAGCUGUGUGCAGAUGAAGUACACUCAUAUUUUGGCCUUCUGGCUUAUGGGAGGACCUGUGAGUGAGCUAGUUGUUGUGGUGGUUGAGCUCUAAUUUUGCAUAGUUCAGCUAAAACAAAGACUGUUUUUUCCUAGAAUAGAAAUAGUCUGUCCAAAAGCAGUAUUUUUAUUUUUUUUUAAACCAGCUCACUACAGUUGAUGCAAUGAAACACGUGAUCUGUUUCUUUUUUCUAUUUAUUAUUGGUCUUGCUUACUAUGCUAAUAUUUUGGUAUAUCUUCCUGGAAAUGUAUGUAGAUAAGUGGUUUAGGAAAAAGUAUAUGCAAGUGAUCUGGUUCUAAGGAACAUGCAGGCUUAAAUCAUUCUCAUUUCAUUUUUGUUUUAAAUUGCCUGAAAAUGCACUUUUUUUCCCCCCCCCCGAAACAAAAGAGGAUAAAUGGAUUUCUAUUUAGAAGUUUUUUUUUUUAAACUCCUUGUUUGCAAUGUCCUUGGCUUAGCCAUACUUCUGAAAAUAAGAAAAUAAACAAAAGCAAAAAAAAAUAAAAUAACCCCAAACAAACAAACAAAAAACCAAACAUUAAACUUGCACUGGCUUGUCUCAAUUGUGAAAUAGCAUCAGACUUGUGUGGAUGGGGUGGGGCUGUGUGCCAUAUGUCAAAUGCCUGUAAUUUUCUUAAUAAGCAAGUACAUUUUGUUCAGGUGAUAACUGAGCCUCAAUCAAGCUGAAAAAUAAAAAAUAAAAAUAAAAAAAAACAUUUUUGCUUGAAAUUUAAGAAGAAAAAGUUUCUAUUAGUGAAAUUUCUUUUUUUGUUUUUGAAGCACCCUGUUAUCUAAAGAAUCUCUUUGUAAGAUUUUUGUAAAAAUUUUGUUUUACAAGAUUUUAUUUGAAAUUGUUUUUUGCAAGAUUGUUAUAUUUCUGUAUGAAUGUAUUUUUUAUUGGAAUAACAUAAAAAGAAAUUCUUAUCAGCAUCAUGUGUCUGGCUUCAUCUUUCCCAUCUCUGAAGGCAUACAUACCAAUGUCAAAUACUACGUUGAUGCCUUUUCUUGAGCCGUCUGAUCUCACGUACAAAUAUCUUUGGGUCAGGUCACUUCGUGGAAGACAAGCGCUGGUGAGAAAAUAACUUUGGCAGUAGGAACAUAUCUUCCAUAUCUGAAAAGCUGUUGUUGAUUCAACUUCUGUUCUCAGCGGAAUAAAUAGUUUUUUACACGAUUUUUGCUACAAGACUGCACCUUUAUUCCAAAUCGCUUGUUCUGAAGAGGUGAAUGCAUGUGGGAAAUGAGAUUCAGGGGGCAUUUAAAGUGAAGGAAAUAAACAGAAAGGAGAUGGCUGGCCUAGAAGCACCUGCCCGUAACUACUCCAGCUGGCUGUGGGCCUCUGAGCUGUCCCAUCACUGAGAAACCAAGCCCAAAACCUCCAAGGCGCAGCUGGGGGAAGGAACCACGUGAAGCCUGCCUGGUCUACAUGCAUAGAUCCGAGCCUGCCGUGGGGCUGACCUGAUCCAUAUGCUGGUAACAUUCAGCCAGCCAACUGCAAGCCUCUAUAUGAACAGCAUUUUUUCGGAACAAUGGCUCUUCAAAGCAUGACAGGCAUGUACACUGACUUUGGACGCAUGCAGAAUUUGUUUUAUGUUGCCUUGUGGCUUCUGCUUCACUCAGGGUUGUGUUAAAAGUCCCUUAAACAUCGAGAAAAACCAUUGGCAGGAAUAGCAAAGUUACACGCUGAGAAACUGACUUUAAACAUGUGAAUUGAGUUCACAGGGUUUGAGUGCUCAUGGUUUAAAAUUAGAAAUAUUCUAAAAAUGAAGCAGAAUAAAGAAUGAAUAAGUUCAAACUGAGGUGGAAGGGGUAGGUGGGAGAGACCCUUGCCACCUACCUCAGCUUUGCAGUGGGCUGGUAAGCAGACAAUAUGCCUCUGUAUGGGCAAGGAAAAUGGCAAUUUAAACAAAAUCCUGAUCUGUAAUGAGAGGGAGAUACCACAUUUUAUUGCUUCCAGUAUCUCGCACAAUGAAACCUGUUCUGGGAAACUCAGUCGCAGUUGCAACAGAAAUAAUAAAGGCUAUGGAGAUUUAGGGAUUGUGA